AAGUGCAUCAGUUGCAUCGAAAUGCUGGACCUGAACGGAAAUCAAACGACUAGCUACGAUGCUGUGCACAAAAUUUGGUCGGGGGCUAUUGAGCCCAGUUUCUAUAACGAUGACAUAAGCAUAGGUCAGCUUAUUUUUCGACAAUUGCAAAGAGAUACGCAGCGAGUUUUUCAAAUAUCGGUUAGUGACAAUACGCGCCUAAGCCGUGGAGAAAUGCUACAAAAUGCAGCCAAGGUAGGUGCUUAUCUGCAGCAGCAAGGAUUCAGCAAGGACACACAGUUUGUGGGCAUUGUGGCGCGCAAUACAACGCACUUGGCCGCAUUGGCCUAUGGCUGCAUGUUUAAUGCAACUCCGUUUCACGCUGUCAAUCCAAACAUGGAAGAGCGGACUGUACUAAAUCUGUUUAGCAUCACAAAGCCAAAAAUUAUUUGCUGCGAUGCAACGGAAUACGAGCUGGUGAAAAAUGUUGCAGCAACACUGGCAGCAAGCAUAAUAAUCUUGAGUGGCCACGUGGCAGGCAUAAGCAACAUUCAAGAUGUGCUGCAAACGCAGCUGAAUGCAAAUUAUAGGCCAGCUACAGUUGAGUGCUGCAGGAAUCGCACGCUGGCUGUGCUCUGCUCAUCCGGCACGACGGGCACACCAAAGGCAGUUACUAUAUCCAACAGUCGCAAGAUGUUCGAUUCACACUGCUAUCUAACAUCAAGCGAUGUGCAAUAUGCGCCCAGCACGCUGGACUGGCUAACGGGCCUAAUUACUUUGAUUACCGCUGGCGUUUAUGGCACAGUGCGCCUUAUUUCGAAGGAGCCGUACAGUGUUGACAGCUUUCUAAGCCUGUGUGAGCAGCAUGAAAUCAGUUGGGCCGUGCUGGCCGCUUCUCACAUUGCCAUGUUGGCCAACUCGCCGAACGUUAAUGCGCGCCAGCUGCGCAGUCUGCGUCAUUUGCUGUUUGCAGGUGGUCACACGCUGGUGGCAACACUGCAGAAGAUGCAGUCCCAUUUAGCUGGCGAGGGCAUUCUGCGUAAUGCCUAUGGCUUAACAGAGGUGGGCACACUCGUCUCCUGCAAUUAUUGCACACACACUAAACCUAAAUCUGUUGGUCGUCUUGCGGCCAAUAUGCAAGUGCGCAUUGUGGACGCAGCUGGCAAGUCCUUGGGGCCCAAUCAGACUGGUGAGAUUUACUGUCACAAUGCUGAGCACUGGCGCGGCUACUUUGGCAAUGCGCUUGCCACGGCUGAGAUGCAGGACUCUGCGGGCUGGUUCCACACCGGCGACUUGGGCUACUUCGAUGACGAGCACUAUUUGUACAUUGUGGAGCGCAAAAAGGAUAUGCUAAAGUUUCUGGGCAUGAUGUACUAUCCACAUGAGAUAGAAGAAGUCAUUGCUCGCAUGCCGCAAGUCGCUGAGGUUUGUGUUUUUGGCAUUUGGAAUGAAACCGAAGGCGAUGCUGCUGCCGCCAGCAUAGUGGCCAAGCCAGGUGCGCAGCUGCGCUCAACGCAGGUUCUGGAGUUUGUGCGUCAGCAUAUCAGUGUCAAGUAUAAGCAGCUAAACGCGGGAGCUCAAGUUAUUGAGCAACUGGCGAAAAGCGCAAAUGGCAAGAUUAAUCGUCAAGCUGUUAAAGCUGCUUAUCUCCAAGCUACGCAGAAAGCUGAAAUCGCUGACUCAUAAUGGAAUAUUCAUUCAAUAUAUAUUUGCUUAUCUAUCUUCAGUUCUCUGCUCAUGGUCCAUAGUAUUUUUGCCUCGUCAUUGCCACAUGCUCCGCUCAAUAAUUAUUCCAACACUAGUGUCGUCUUAUCUUUAGCUGUAGUCUAUUUGAAAACUAACCUAUGUUAACAUUAAUGAAAUAUAGUAAAAUACAUAUGCUUAUCUGUUUUGGUUUUGCUAUUCAAGGCACUUGUCAACAAAUAAAUAAGAUUCUUCAAGUC